AAAAGGGUGAAUUCACAAAAAUAACCGCAUUUGAGUCGCGAACACGUGUGGAGAUAUCGAAAACGACGCUUGAAUUGAAAUGGCGGAAAAGGACAAGCCACGGCAAAAACCCGCGAAAGAGCUGCCGGUGUCAUUCGGAAGCUUCACCAGCAAGGAGACUUGGGAUCUCUAUUUCGCCACUAAAACCGCCGAUGAUUUCUCCGAGUGGUACGCCGAUUGGCCGCAGCUCAGAACCUUACUCGCCAGAAAUCUCCUCUAUCCCUUUUCAGUACUCGCCACCCGCCCUAAAACGCCGCCGCCGACGGCCGUGCCGCCGGAUCAGCUCCGUAUUUUGGUGCCCGCGUGUGGGGAUUCGAGGCUGUCGGAGCAUUUGUACGACGUCGGCUUUAGGAAUAUACUUAAUUUGGAUUACUCGAAAGAGGUUAUCGCCGCCAUGUUGAGGAGGAACGUGAAACAGCGGCCGGGGAUGAGGUGGCGCGUUAUGGACAUCACCAAUAUGGAGUUUCCAAACGAGAGCUUUGACGCCAUCAUUGAUAAGGGAGGAUUGGAUGUUUUGAUGGAUCCUGGAUUUGGUCAAAAAUAUCCUAAUCUAUAUAUAACUAAGGUAAAACAACUGUUAAAAGUUGGAGGUAAAUACAUUUGUCUCACGUUGGGGGAUUCUAAGAUGUUAGGUCUACUGUUUCAAAAGUUCCGUUUUGGGUGGAAAAUGAAUUUCCAUGCUAUUGAUCCGGAACCAUCAUCCAAGAACCAUGGUCAGCAAACCUUUAUGGUGGUUGUUGAGAAAGAUGGUUCAACUGUUGUUUAUCAGAUAUCACCACUUCUGGACCUCCGUAAAUAUCAUGUUGGUCAGGUUCAUGAACUCGUUGGAAUACUUAGAAGAGAAAAGGGGUGUCGUAGUGUUUUAAUGCGUUCCCUUGAUAUAUUCUAUCCACUUCAAGAUGUAUUGGCAGCAGGAAACUUGACAGAGCUUCAACCUGGUCGUAGGCUAAAGCUAUUUUUAGGGGAAUAUGGAAUAUCCAUCUUCGUGUUUAAAAGUAUACUUCUUGACGCUCAACGAGAUUCAGGACCUUUCUCCCAUCAGUUUCUAGUACUCAUUGUUCCAAAAGUUCGAACUCUUGAGUGGAUAUUGUCAUCAGAGGAAGGACAAUGGGUCUUUGUUAAACAAUUUAAGGUUGCUCGAUUAGCAAUUAUUCUGCUGGAUACCCCACAUUCUUGUUUUACGAUCGAAGUUAUCCAGCAUGAUCUCACUCCUUUGGUAAAACACUUGGCUCCAGGAGAUGAAGUUCCUAUUCAGUUUGUGGUUGCAAGUGAAGGAAUUAAGCAGCGAGAAGUUCUAUGCGAGGUUGUAUCUGCCUUGAAUGGUUCGGUCCUGGUAGAUGAUUUGAUCUUUGAAAAGCUUGAUGAUGCUCUUAUUCGUUACUUCCCCUGUAAACUUUUGAAAAUCCGCCGCUUCGUUGUUCGGAGUAUGGUGCGAUCUGAAGCUAUUUUAUCGGUAGACGCACCAAAUGAAAGUGCAAGUGAAGUAGAGGGACAUAAUGUGCAAGCGGCUUCCAAAACCAAGAAGAAAGGAAAGCAGAAGAAAGGAAAGCAUACAUCUCGAUCAACUGCAUCAAGUGGUGAAAUGCAACUUUGUCACAACUAUUUGGAUAGCUUUCAUCAUAACGGGAUUAUUUCUGGAUUAAUGUUGAUUUAUUUACACUUGAAAGGAUCUACCUCAUCUGCUGGAUUGGUCAAGACGGUGGUUAUCGGUCUGAAAGCAGGAUUACUUCCCAUGUUUAUGAAGAACUGCCUACCUUGUCUACAUAUUGAGGUUGUCGAAGUAGAUCCUGUGAUUGUGGAUAUUGCUAGAAAAUAUUUUGGUUUAGUAGAAGAUGAACGCUUGAAGGUACAUAUCACUGAUGCGUUUGCUUAUCUCGACAAGAGAGCCGCUGAGGAAGUUCUCGCAGAAGAAGACCACUCUUUGAAACUGGACAUACUUGUAGUCGAUGUGGACUCACCACUGCCAACUACUUCUUUAGCUUCCCCUGCAAUAUGUUUUAUCGAGGGGCCGUUUCUUACUAGAGCAAAACACUCGCUAUCCGAGGAUGGUUUAUUGAUCAUUCAUUUGGUCACAAGCUUCUCUGGUGUGAGGUUACCAGUGUAUUCAUCUCUGAAGAAGGUAUUCAGCACCAUUUUGAUACUCCAUCCCGAUGAAGAUGCCAAUGAUGAAGUAAUAUUUGCCCUGAAGAAGGACUCACCUGUUACCGAAGAACAACUUUCCGCAGCUUGGAGUAAACUUGCAGCAUCUUUAGAGCUGCAAGAAAAACAGGGGUGGGAGCAAAGAGUCGUAGAUUCCUCAAAAUUAAUCAAGCUACUAUGAUGUGGCUAAUUCAUUUUAGGAUAUUCGAAAAACACACAGGUGAAAUAGUAUUAAUUAGCUCAUGGGGUUUUACCUUAGUUUCAAACGUAGCUUGAAAUCGUUUAUUCUUUGCACAUAUACCUGACCGUUGUUACUGUGAAUAACGGCCCCACAAAUGGGAUAAUAGUAUACGCAUGUUGGUUCGUUUCUUGUGACUUUGAAGUGAAACAACUCGACAUAUUUGCCAACCAAA